AAUCAAUUUAAAAGCGGCGAGAGACGGCUAAGGCAUUAAGGCAACAUUUAUUAUAUGUUUAUUAUUAUCCAAAGUACAAUACAAGAGUUUCAUACGAAAUGUCUUCAAUUGAUUUUGAUCCAUCUAUUAAACUGUGCUUAAAGCACUUACACUCCAGUGCCUCAGAUUCGACAGAGCAACUCCGUCUAACCCUCGACGAUAUCAUUCGUCAGACCUACGGCAGCGCAAAAACCUUAGCCAAUACAUUGCCUAAGAAGUAUUUGAACGAGGAAAAAUUAGAAUCGCCUCGGAUGGCGAAGCAUAAGAGUGAGAAAGCGUCGAGUUCGAAGACGGUGCCUAUACCGCAGCAGAGUCCGCAGCAGUUGCAGAUUCCGGAGCGGGAGAAUGACGAUGGGUCGGUGAUGGACGGGGAGCUGGCGUUCGACCUGCUGGAGGAGGACCUGACGUGCGCGGUGUGCCGGCAGAUCGCCGUGCAGGCGGGGAACAGACUGGUGGAGUGCGAGGCUUGCCAUGCACUCUAUCAUCAGGAUUGUCAUAAGCCUGUAAUCAGCGACAAUGAUGUCAGCGCAAGCUGGCAGUGUGCAUCCUGCCUCGCAUCCCAAGGCUUCGUCACCAGCUACACUAAGAUAUCAUCAGCAUCCAAAUCACCCACCCAUGUCUCGGGAUCCACUACACCGGUUAAGAUCUCAUCAGGAAGUUCAUCGUCCAAGGUUGUCACUCCUAAUAUAAAUAUAAUUUCGGCUGACAAGAGACUGCAGAUUAUGAAGAAGAAAGCAGCAAAGCAACAUGAAAAGAAGAAACACAAGUGAAGCAGUUUGAUUUAGCGGAAUUCAUGUAAAGCCUGACCAGUAAUAUAUCGUCACUACUUUGAAAAAAUCUCGUAUCUCACACUGCUACUCAAAGUUGAAAGGCAGUAACUCUGUAUGCAUCCCAUACAUAGAUAACACAUUUUUCUUUUGAUUGACAGAACAAGAUACAAGUUUUUUCUAAAGUAGUGCCGUUAUGAUCAUUGUCAAGAGGACACUGUUAUUCUCAUGUAUGGGGUGACAGUUCAGUAUAGUAUGAAUAAAUUAGUUCCAAUGAAAUUCUGCAACAUGGAGCAUGAUCAUAUAUUCCUGGUCAGGCUUUAAGAUGUCAAUAUUGUUUCUUGAAGAUCUAUGUGCAGUAUGCACAAUUAAUAAUUGUAAGCAUAAA